AUUUAUUUUAUUUUUUUACAUUUAGUUCAGAUGUUAUGAUAGACCAAAGGGAUUAAUAAACACUACAUAACUAAUGUAAGCCUACUUAUGUAAAUGUCUUGCUAUAGUAGCCUAUAUCAAAAGUAUUUGCAUAUGGGAACACGAGUAUGAGGUAAAAUGCCACUAUAGAUUUUUUAAACAAAUUUCUUUUACUCCUUAAAUGUAUUUUUUUUUUUUUAACAUAAUUAUUUUCCCCCAUAAAUAUUAAAAAAUAAUAGGCCUAAAUAAUAUAUAUUUUGUUAGCCUUUAAAAUAAAAAGUAUAAUAUGGCAAAAAAAAAAAAAAAAAAAAGCUACUUCACAAUAACCAAAACAUCUUUCUAAAUUUCACCCUACACUAACAGUGAACAUAAAAUAAUAGAAUAGAAUAGAAACUGUAAUGCCAGGACUGUUGUAGUUUUCUAUGCACAGCAACAUACAGUAGAUACAGGAAAAAGUUGAUUAUUAUAUUACAUAUUAUAGGCCUAUUUAACUUAUAUACUAUUAUAUAUCUGAUGGUUUUUGUCGCCUUUCGGUUAAGCCUAUUUUAUCGUAUCCAUACGUUUCCACACUCUCAUAUCCUACUAAAGAUAGUCUUGUUUAAGGCAUAACAAACGGUGACAAUGGAAUUCCUUGAAGGUCUGUGUGAAGAUGAUCGUAUAAACUGGAGAAGUGUGUGAGGUUUGUUAUGGGGAGGGCGCGAGGGAUGGCGAGAGGCGGAACAAACCGGCGUGUGUGCCCGGAUACACGCUGAAACGGCUCGCCCGCACUGCAGAUUAACUCUUCAGACGCCGGGGAUGCUCAGCAAUAAAGCACAAGUCACUACAUCCGCGUCCAUUGUUUUGUUUGGGAUCUGGUGGUCGUUGUGAGGUGAUCUGUCCUGACGUUGUUGAUUUGAGAAUGGGAUUCAGACACUGCGUGUUCCUCAAUAAUAUCGAGUAAUCUGACAGCCAGUGAUGAUGCCGGAUAGCCUGAUGAUCCGGUGAUGGACAGCUCCUCGACUGAGCGUUUUGCAGAAGUGGAAUAGAUACGAUGACAAAUUCAUCCCAGCUGUCAAUAUAAGCGACAACAACAAAUCAACUGAUCUCUUCAAUCUACCUCUGACAAGAUCAGUCAUCAAUAACCCAUCAACUCAGGCUGAUCACAAAGCUUCCUUUGUGACUCUUAGAAGAUCCACUUUCAUCCUUCAAGUCAACACCUCUUACAUAUAACUCAUUAUAUCGUUGCAGGGAAAAGCCCUCAGCCAGUCCUUUGGCUGACGGGUUAGGAGGAGGAGGAGGAGCUUCAAGUCCCAUCAGGAGUGUUGUGAGGUUAGUGGCGAGCAGGCUGCUGGGACCGAAUGCAGAACAUCUUCGAGCAGAACUUGGACAUGGCCACGGCUCUGCUUGCGGGUGAGAAGCUGAAGGAGUUGAUCCUGCCAGGUUCCACACAGGAUGAGAAAGGCGGGGUUCUCGCAGGUCUCAUGGUGCAACUCAAACUAGAGUUGCCCUUUGACCGGGUCGUCACCAUAGGAACUGUGAUCAUCCCUAUACUGCUGGUCACAUUAGUUUUCACACGGAACUUUGCAGAGGAAUCUAUAUAUUGCUACACCCCACACAACUUCACACGAGACCAGGCCCUGUAUGCCAGAGGUUACUGCUGGACAGAGCUUCGGGAUGCUGUUCCUGGUGUCGACCCUGAACUUCGACCUUCCCUGUUCGAGCACAAGUUUCUGCCUUACGCUCUGCUGGCCUUCGCAGGCAUCAUGUACAUACCUGCCCUUGGAUGGGAGUUCCUGGCCUCCACUCGCCUCACAUCUGAGCUCAACUUCCUCCUUCAAGAGAUCGACAACUGCUACCACAGGGCGGCCGAGGGUAGAGCGCCUAAGAUUGAGAAGCAGAUCCAGUCCAAGGGGCCAGGGAUUACAGAACGUGAGCGACGGGAGAUCAUUGAGAAUGCUGAGAAGGAGAAGAGCCCCGAGCAGAACCUGUUCGAGAAGUAUCUUGAGCGCAGAGGGCAGAGUAACUUUCUGGCUAAGAUAUACCUGGCGCGACAUUUAGCCAUCAUCUGCCUCAGCUCAUUACCCAUAACGUACCUGAGCACCUACUACGCCCGUCAGAAGCAGAACGAGUUCACUUGCGCGCUUGGCGAGCCGCCGGACACUAGCAGCAUCCCUGAACUGCGACUGAACGUCAACUGCAAGCUACCUGCCGUGCAGCUCCAGCGCAUUAUGGCCGCAGUGGACAUCGCUUUGCUGUGUACUAUGAACCUCAUUAUCCUUGUGAACUUGCUGCAUUUGUUUGUGGUACGUAAGUCCAAUUUCGUUUUCGACAAGCUGCACAAAGUUGGCAUUAAAACACGUCGGCGCUGGCAAAAGUCACAGUUUUGUGAUAUUAACAUUCUGGCCAUGUUCUGUAAUGAGAACAGAGACCACAUUAAGUCUCUCAACAGACUGGACUUUAUCACGAAUGAAAGUGACCUCAUGUAUGAUAAUGUGGUGCGGCAGCUGCUGGCAGCAUUGGCUCAAUCCAACCACGAUGCCACUCCGACUAUGAGAGACUCUGGUAUCCAGACUAUUGACCCCAAUAUGGACCCCUCAGUGCUCGGUGUGGGAGAGCUGGGAGGAGAGCCCUCAGUAAUCAAAAGACCCCGCAAGAAGAUCAAGUGGAUCCCCUCAUCUAACCCUUUGCCACAGUCUUUUAAAGAACCCUUGACUCUAACCAGACUGGAUAAUAGUAUAAAGGCAGAUAAACCUAAACCAGUCCGAAGGAAGAAUGUACCAGAUAGCAUUAUGGCUCCACUUCUGGACAGCAAGAGCACACAACAUCCUCCUACAAGCAUAGCUACAGAAUCAAACAAUAUAGAGAGGAAGCACACUCUUAACCUCUCGUUGGAUGUUCAUCCCUACAUGCUAACCAUCCAGAAAGCGAAAGCAGACACAGUCAACCCUGAACCUCCCCCUGUUGAGCACUCUCUCAGUAAUGUAUAUAUUGAGGGUCCACAUACAGUUGUCCACGUCUCCUCUUCUCUUACUGAGAAGAAAGAGUCUCCUCCAUUGUCCACCACCACUGCCUUCUCCACAGCCACUCUCUCCACAACAUCGUAUAUGAAUGGUGGAACGGCCAGCAUGCCUCCUCCAGACUCCCCAAAGGUCAAAGAUCCUCUCAACCAGGGGGCAGAGCCUGAGAGCCAGUCCGGGCCUUUUAGUCGAAACCCCUCACACCCGCUGCUGAGCAUCCAUCAUACUUUGUAUGAAGAGGACGAGGAGGAGCAAAACAGAAGGGACAGACUAGCUAGACCAGGCGAGUUGAUUGCUGCUGGAGAGUGUUGAGGGAAAUGUAUACACACCUGCACACACACAAAAGCACUAGAAUAUGAACUGAAGCACAAAGUGAAGCACUGAGAGAUAUGAAAGUAGUUGCAGGAUGGAUACAGGAAUUUUCGGUUAUUGGUGUCACUGCAGAAAUGCCCUAUUCGCAGUCUGACAUGAUUAAUUCUGCAAGCAAAAGGAUCCCAUAAUUGGGCUGGUCAUAUGAUCUUAAUAUGUCAACCACCAUAACGCUCCAUAAUGUAGAAAAAAAAAAAUGUUUUAGACCACUGAUAUAUCUUCAUCUUAUAUGAGUGUAUAUCACUUUUAAUAUUAACAAACACUAUUAAUUUCUUUGUGUAAAAAAGCACACCUUUAAACAGCAUCUCUCAGCCUUACAUCCACAUACUUGGAAGUGUGUGUAGUUUGAGGGAAAAUAAAAUUACCCAUGACCUUGGUGCUCACCAUAUGGGUUAAUGAAUUCCUAUGGCAUUCCAAAUGAAGGCAGAGGCACAUCAGAAUUUUGCACAAAACACAGUUUGUUCCUGUUUAACAUCAGUGUCAACAUAGUUUUGUGUUGUUUAUCCGUAUACACAAUCAGCGUCUGUUUCAUUUAGAUGUCUUGAGGUAUCCAACGCAAUAUAUGUAUUCUUAAAAUAUGCAACCUCAUUUCUUAUUGUUGCAAUAAUAUGCACAUUUGGAAUGUAUAUACUGAGCUGUACAGGAAAAAAAAUGUUCUUACAUCUAAUAAUAUGAGAUUUUUCCUUAUUUAAAAAAAAAAAAAAAAAGAAGACUGUCAUAUGGCGUUCAUCCACACACCUCUGGUGCCCUUAUUCAAUGAGACUAUAUCACUCUGGGUCUCUGGGCCAAGUGCUCAAAGACAUUCAACUCUGGAUUGCCCGAAGAAAUAUGGAUCCUUAUACCAGCUUUUUUGAACAGACAGAGUUGUGACAAAAAGAUUUCAGCUUCUUCAGCUGGACAUUUUCAAGCUAAAGAGGAUUCAUGAAAUAUGCUUUUGAUACCUAGAUAACAAUGAACCACAACUCGUGUAAGUGUCAUACCACCUUUGUAAAUCCUGGUUAAAACCUUUGAUAUUCACUGAUGCACCUUGUAGUGAAGUUUAACAAAUGCCCUGCCAAAACAAACGUAUACGAUUGCGAGUGAAGUGCACAAAGCGCACAGUAAUUCACAACAAUUAUAAUCCAAGAGCACCUCUAACCACAAGGCAUGAGAUUGAUAUUAGGGAUAGCUGCAGCUCACUGUUUUUCUAUCACAUAUCAUGAUCAAAGUGCAAUAUUUUUAUGUGAUACAGGGAACACAGAUCAUGAAUGACCAUACCAUUAGAGGGGAAGGAAACACACCUGAUUUUCCAGGCUUGACGUUUUAGAUUUGAAUAUAAUUUGAUGGUAUUAUGGGUGCUAAUCUCAAACUUGAAAAUCUUAAUGGCAUUCAGUCUUUGAGCCGAUAUGUUCAAAUGGGGUUAGACAAGGUAUGUAAAAAAAGUUCAUGGCCAUGUCACAUUGCUUGUUUUUUUGUUUGUUUGUUUUUGUUUUUGUCUAUUUUUUGUCUCAAAUUCUUGACAAAUGUUUUAUAUACGUAUAUUUAUUGAACUGCAGCAUUUCAACCAAAUAACCUGCUUAGAAAAAUAAAUGAAUCUAUGCUAAAAAGAGAAAAUGUUAGAUUUACCUCAUAGGUUGUAUACUGCAUGUUCAAUUGUUAAUUAAACUCAUGUUACAUAAUUUACAUGGGGAAGAAAAUACUUGAAUUUGAAUCAUAAACUCACCUAGUCUGUCUUGCAUAGGUCUUUAUCUUUUUAGUCUCUCUCUGUGUGUUUGAUGAGAUAUCUCUGUUAUACAUGAACCUCAGAAAGAGGAUUAUAAAGUUCACAAUGUUGUAAGAUGCUGUAAGCAAUUUGUUUUAAUACAAUGCAUAAAAUGCUUACUAACUCACAGAAAACAGUGAACAGUGUCAUGAGAAAUCCCACAUGUCCCUCUAUCUGUAACAAUACCACAUAAAACGUUCUGAGAAGCGGCCCAUGAUUUUUAUCCAAUCAGAAACACUCUAUGGCUGUGAAUAAUCUUUUGUGUUAUGGCUUGCUGAUAUCGGAUGUCUGUUCUUCUGACUUUGCUGAGAGGAAUAGUUCACCCAAAAAUGAAAAUCAUCCCAUAAUUUACUCACCCUCCAGCCGAACACAAUCAGAGUUAUAUUAAAUAAUAUCCUGGCUCUUCCCAGAUUUGUAAUGGCAUUGAAUAGUGCCCAAGUUUUUUAAGCUUCAAAAAGCGCAUCCAUCCAUCCAUCCAUCAUAAAAGUUAUCUAUACAACUUCAGUGGGUUAAUAAAUGCUGAGCUCACUUGUUUUUUUUUUUUGUUUUUUUUGGGGGGGGGUUGGAUUUGAUUUUUGCCUCUUUCCCUGAUUUGGAUUAUUCGGACUGGUUGCCGGUGUAUCGACUCGUGCCUGUUUUCACGUUUGCUCUGACGGACUCCCUUGGAUUGAUUUCUCGUGCCUGGACUUUUUUCUCUCUGCAGUGUGUGAUUGGAACUGUUUUAUUGUUUGUUUCGCUGUGUUCCCAAUGGCAUGCCACCAUUCUGCUGCCUUUAUUUGCUCAUUCUUUGUAAUUCUGAUCUCGGCAACUAAUAAACUGCACAUGGAGCCUAACACUCAAGCCUCUUCAUCACAUAAAACUUGGAUCAUCACAGAAAACCAUUGAUUCUGCAGAUAUUCUCAAACUACAAACGGAAGUAUCCUCCCAAGCGACUAUGCUCUCUUCAAAUCGUCAACAGUUGUGCAAACUCACCUUAUUAACAAAAGAACUAUUCAAGUCCUUGCAAACAGUCCAGUCUCACUCUGAGCCCCCUAGCACAGCUAGCCUUUCAGCUAUAGCUAGCCUCAGUCCGUCUGCCUCGCUUUACUCUCUGCCUCUGAUUUCACGCCCACGGAUCGUUGGCUGAACGUCUGAUGCAUAUGGAACACACAACUGGAAACAAUUCAGGAUUUUCAAAGUCGUCAUCUGGUUGGUUGAAUUCUACAGGAUGUCCGGGAGACUUGUGUGUCGCGUUUUUUAAUGGUCCGCCUGGAAACAAAUGCCGUGACUCCAAAUGCACUCAUGGAAGAAGAACGCUGUCGUGUUUACAAUUGUGACAAUGUGUGCCACUGGAUUUUCAAAAGUUUGUGAAGUUCGGGGUUCCAUUGUUGCAGUAAACUUGCACAAUGUUCUUGAAUAAAUAAUUUAUUAGAUGCACACCGGUCUGUUAUUGUAGGGACAUCUUUACAUUUUUAAUGUAACCUUGGCCAAUGAAAGCUGCGAUAGAGUCCAGACCUUCUGCCGUCAGUCUGAAGGUCUGGCUACGCGAGACUAGCCUCGCUUCCCUUUGGCAUUAACCUUUUCUCUAGCUACCGGACAAGUCUGACAGUACUCCAGCAUGCUGCAAUGGAUUCCUGUUACAGUGUGAGUUAAUUCUCGCUCAACAGCUACACGUUUAUUCCAUUUAUGAAGCCAAGGUAGCAUUUAUGAUCUCUGCUCUCACUGGUUGAGCACUUGACUGGGCCUUGACUGGGGCAGAGGUACCAAUCUUCUAAGUGGUUCAUUGUACACUGUGGGGGUGGUAGAGGAGGAGCCUUCCCCUAAAAACAGGCUAUGGACCUCAAGCUCCAGUGGCAGUGGAGCCUGGCCCAGCAAGGAUCCCAAUGCUGCCAAGUCCGGUCGUCUCAGUGUCCUCAAGUCCAGUGGUCUUAGCAUCCUCAAGUCCAGUGGUCCCAGAGUCAUCUGCAUUGUCUGUAAUAGCUAUGACCAUCUUGUGUGUUUGGGCCGCACACACUCCUUCAGGCUGUGAAAACCGCUACAGCUUUUCCCAAAACAGUGGCGGCGACCACUACAGCUCCUCCUGAGGUGGCUGCAGUGGCCGCAACUGAUCCUCUCGAGGCAACGAUGACCGGUCCUGACCUUCUGCCUGUUCUGAUAUGGCCAAGGAGGCCGAUUAUAAAUCACCUGUGCUCUCUUUUGACUCAGUAACGACCACAGAGGUCAUCCCUGAACUCUCUGUCUGCUCUGACAUGACCACAAAGGUUGUUCCUGAAAUUUGUCUGCCCUGGCAUGACCACAGAGAUCAUCUUUGAACUUUGUGUGUGCCCUGACACAACCACGGAAGUCAUCCAUGAAGUCUCAGCCUGCCCUUUCAUGGCCAAGGAAGCCAUCCUUGAACUCUCAACCUGUCCUGUAUUGGCCAAGGGGCCCUCUCUGAACCCUCUGUGCUUCUUGUUUUCUAACCUCUCUGUGUUCUCUGUUUUAGUACUGCCGAAGCCGCCAUGGUGGUCUUCAGUUCCGCCUGAUCUGCCGUGUCUUGUGUGUUUGGGCCACACACACUGCUUCAGGCAGUGACAACCGCUACAACUCCUCCCGAAGCGGUGGUGGGACCACUAAACUCCUUCUGAGGCUGCGGCCACUACAGUUCCUCCCGAGGCAGCUGUGCUCACUAUUGACUCAGUAAUGACCACAGAGUUCAUCCCUGACUCUCUAUGUCUGCUCUGACAUGACCACAGAGGUUGUUCCUGAAUUCUCUGUCUGCCCUGGCAUGACCAAAGAGGUCGUCUUUGAACUCUUUUGUGCCCUGACACUGCCCCUGAAUUCUCUGUCUGCCUUGACAUGAUCACGGAGGUCAUUCCUGAACUUUCUGUUUGCCCUGACACAACCAUGGAGGUUGCCCAUGAACUUUCUGUCUGCCCUGACACAACCACGGAGGUCAUCCAUGAACUCUCAGCCUGCCCUGUCAUGGCCUAGGGCCCGUCCUUGAACUCUCAACCUUUCCUGAAUUGGCCAAGGAGGCCUUCUCUGAAACCCCUGUGCUUCCUGUUUUCUAACCUCUCUGUGUUCUCUGUUUUAGUACUGCUGAAGCUGCCACGGUGGUCUCCAGUUCUGCAUGAUCUGCCGUGGUGGUCACCUGUUUCAUCUGCUCCACCAUGGUGGUCUCUAGCUCCACCUAAUCGACCGUGGUGGUCACCAGCUUCAUCUGCUCCACUGUGGUGGUCACCUGCUCCACCUGCUCCACCUUGGUGGUCUUCGGCUCAGCCCUGGCCCCCUACUAUGCCAUCUCCACCCUGGAACCCUGCUCUGCCUGCAUCACCCUGGCUCUCUGAUCCUCCUCAUUCUCCAGUACCACCACACUGGCCCGGCCCUCCAUCUCUCCCCCUGAGCCGCCUCCCCUCCACUACCCUCCUGGACUCUUGUUUGUUGUUUUUUGUUUUUUGGGAGCGUCUAUAAUCCACUCCUUAACGUAUUCCUUACGUAUUCCCUCCCUAUUACGUAUUCCCUGGCCUCGUGUUUCAUGUUUUGUUAAUUGGAAUUUUAGUGUACAUUUUACCAUUUCCUGUCCUGUCUGCCAUUUUUGUAGUCCUUGUCAUUUUUCUAGUUGAUUAGUUCUGUGAUCAUUUCCAGGUGUCUUGUUUGCCUAUUACCCCUCUAGUAUUUAAACCCCAGUGGUUCUUGUGUCUCUUGUUGAGACUUGUCCUUACACGAAUGUUUUGUUUGGGUGCCUAGCCCCGUGUUUGUUUUGUUUAAUAAAAUAACUGCA